AUUUUCAUUUUUCAGUCUCCCGCUCCAGCUCCAAGCCUCCAAAUUCCAGUAUUCACUUCCUGCAGAUUCGCAGAAGUCAGAACACAGAGCCCACUGCCGCAACGCUCGCCGGCCGCCGCUCACCGCAGUCCGCCGCCCACUGCUCACUGGAGCAGUGGAGCACCGCCCGCUAACCGCCACCUGCCGGCCACCGCCCGACGCUCGCCGCCUGCCGCUCACCGGAGACCGUCCGUCGGGCUACCAUUUGAAAUCAUUGCUGCACGGCUGCACCAAAAGGAGUUCCAGCAAGCUGCAAGCAGUAUGCCAGCAGCUGUCCAGGAGUCCGACUCUAAUUGGUUAACUGACCAAUUAACCGGAAAAAAAAAAUUGGUUCGGUUAAUUCGGUAAUAAAAAUUUCGAUUUGGUUAACGGUUAAAGCUUUAAUUCGGGCACACACCCAGUGGGGACAGGGAAUCCCUGCAAGUCUAACUUGGAGCUCAAAUGCAUUGUUGAAUUGCAUGCUUGAAAUUCUUAUAUUGUCAUUGAAAUUGCAUGUUGAUUGGUUGAUGAUCCUUGCAAACAAGUUUUUUAGUUUUAGGGAUUCUUUUCUUAAAGUAAAAAUAACAAUGUUUUCAACUAAGUUAACCUUUUCUGGCUAAAAGUGCAUGUAGGCGCAUAUGAUGAUGAAGAGGCUGUGGGCAGAGAAUAUGAUAUUGCUGCUUUGAAAUAUCGGAGCCCUGGACCACUAAUUAACUUUGCAGUAAGAAAAUACUGAUCCAUCCAGAGCUUAACUGCUUUAUUAAACAAAUACCAGUGCCCAAAGCUUCUCCCACCAAAUGCUAGAUGUUUCAAAAAAAUCUUCUUCGCUUCAUCCCCAGAACUUUCUUUUGCACUGCUGCUUCUGCUUCUACAUUGACCUCCAAGCAUGUUUUCCGUUUAACUCACACUGGCAUUGAGGAGGUUUUAGCAUCCAAACUUGCACCAAUCUUACAUAUUUGCACUUCUUUUUCAGACAGUUCUUCCAUUCUACAACAAGGGCAACAAAUUCAUGCCCAAAUCAUUGUAAAUGGAAUUGUAAGCACGGGUGUUUUGGGAACCCGAAUUCUGGGGAUGUAUGUUCUCUGUAACAGAUUUCUUGAUGCCAAGAAGUUGUUUUGGCAACUCAAUCUUUGCUAUGCUUCUCCUUGGAAUUGGAUGAUCAGAGGGUUUACUGCUUGUGCUGGGUUGCAUGCUGUCAAGUUGGCAAAAUCAGUACAUAGAUGGAUUUGCAGUUUGGGUUUUGAACUGGAUAUCUUUGUUGGGAGUGCCUUGAUUAAGCUCUAUGCUGAAAAUCAUCUUGUAGACGAUGCACGAUGCUUGUUCAAUAAAAUACCUAUGAGGGAUAGUGUUUUGUGGAAUGUAAUGCUUAAUGGGUCUUUGAACUGUGAGGAAGCUGUGGAUGAUGUGGUUGGAUUGUUUGGGCAGAUGAGGGGAAGUGAUACUAAACCAAAUUCUGUGACAUAUGCUUGUGUUCUUUCACUUUGUGCUUCUAAAGGAAUGGUUGAGUUUGGGACUCAACUUCACGGGCUUGUUGUAAAGUGUGGGCUGGAAAUGGAUUCUCCUGUGGCCAACACUUUGAUAGCAAUGUAUAUGAAAUGCCAUUGCUUGAUUGAUGCCAAGAAGUUGUUUGAUACAGUGGGGAAAAAUGAUUUGGUUCCUUGGAAUGGAAUGAUUGGUGGAUAUGUCCAAAAUGGAUUUAUGGCUGAUGCUUUGAAUUUAUUUCACGAAAUGAUAGCUACUGGUGUUAAACCGGACGGAAUCACCUUUGCAAGUUUGCUACCCUCUGUUUCUGAAUCUGGAAAUCUGUAUCUAGGUAGGUCUAUUCAUGGAUACAUUGUGAGACACAAUGUUACUUUGGAUGUGUUUUUGAAAAAUGCACUUAUUGAUAUGUAUUUUAAGUGUAGGAGUGUGGAGAUGGCAUGCAAGGUUUUUGAUGGUAGCCUGCCGGUGGAUAUUGCAAUUUGUACAUCUAUGAUUUCAGGAUUUGCUGUUAAUGGGAUGAAUCUUGAUGCCCUAGAGGUGUUCAGAUGGUUGCUGGUUAAGCAAAUGAAGCCAAAUGCACUUACUUUAGCAAGUGUCUUGCCAGCUUGCACUGAAUUGGCGGCCUUGAAACUUGGUAAGGAGUUGCAUGGUACUGUCUUUAAACAUGGUUACGAAGGAAAAUGCUUUGUGGGUAGUGCCUUGACAGACAUGUAUGCAAAAUGUGGAAGGUUAGACCUUGCUCAUCAAGUUUUCUUGUCGUUGUCUGAAAAAGACACAGUUUGCUGGAACUCAAUGAUUACUGGCUAUUGCAAGAAUGGAGAACCCGAGCAAACCAUUGAUCUUUUCCGCAAGAUGGGUGUAGAAGGAGCUAAAUAUGACUGUGUCAGCAUAUCGGGUGCUCUUUCUGCAUGUGCAAAUAUACCAGCUCUCCAUCAUGGAAAAGAGAUCCAUGGCUUCAUGAUCAAGAGUGCAUUUCACAAUGAUCUUUUCGCUCAAAGUGCACUAAUAGACAUGUAUGCCAAAUGUGGGUACUUGCAUACAGCACGCCGUGCAUUUGAUUUGAUGAAAACGAAAAAUGAAGUUUCGUGGAACAGCAUAAUAUGUGCUUACGGAAACCAUGGCCUAUUAGAAGAAUGCUUAGAUUUGUUUCGCGGGAUGGAAGAAGAUGGAUUUCAGCCUGACCACGUGACUUUCCUCGCUAUCAUAUCUACUUGUGGUCACGCGGGUGAGGUUGAAGAAGGGAAACGCUAUUUCAAUUGCAUGGUCCAAGAAUACGGGAUUGUACCUAGGAUGGAGCAUUAUGCAUGCAUGAUUGAUUUGUAUGGGAGGGCCGGUUGUUUCGAAGAAGCAUUUGAAGUGAUCAAAAGCAUGCCAAUUACCCCAGAUGCCGGCAUCUGGGGCACAUUACUCGGUGCUUGUCGAGUUCAUGGCCACGUUGAGCUCGCUGAAAUGGCUUCGAAGUAUUUGUUCAACUUGGAUCCACAAAAUUCAGGCUAUUAUGUUCUACUGUCAAAUCUACAGGCUGACAGUGGAGAAUGGGAGAGAGCUUCAAAAAUAAGAAGUUUGAUGAAGGAAAGAGGAGUGCAGAAAAUACCUGGGUAUAGCUGGAUUGAAGUUAACAACACCACACAUAUAUUUGUUGCUGCAGACAAGAGUCACCAACAAUCCACUCACAUAUAUUUUGUUUUAGAUAAUCUUCUUAGGGAGGCGCAGAUGGAGGGAUAUUUACCUCAAAUUUAUGUCUAACAUUAUUAUGCUAUUACUACCAGACUUGGACUCUCUUCUCAAUACCUCCCAAUGCUAAUUGUUAGCAUUUUGUCUUAUUUUUAGCUUGAUAUAGAUACACCAAUAAUAAUUUUUUUUUUUGAAAA